GAUGCGGGUGCCGGGCGCAGGAUGCUGUGGGGGGUGGGCCUGGCGGCGCCGCGCUCCUGCGUGGCGGACCUGAGCCGCAACCGCAGCCUGUCGCUGGGCUGGUGCGCGGGGCCCGAGGAGCCGCCGCCCGCCUUCUAUGGGGGCGAGAUCGUCGCCUUCCCGCUGUCGGGCGGCGGCGGCACCAUGGCGGCGCUGGGCUCCGACUCCUGGUGGAAGAAAACGCUGUACCUGACGGGCGGGGCCCUGCUGGCCGCCGCCGCGUACCUGCUCCACGAGCUGCUGGCCAUUCGGAAAGAGGAAGAGCUUGAUUCAAAAGAUGCUAUCAUACUGCAUCAGUUUUCAAGGCCUAGGAAUGGUGUUCCGAGUUUAUCGCCAUUCUGUCUGAAAAUGGAAACAUACUUGAGGAUGGCUGAUUUACCCUACCAGAACUAUUUUGAUGGAAAACUUUCCCCUCAAGGGAAAAUGCCUUGGAUUGAAUACAAUCACAAGAAAGUAUCUGGCACCGAGUUCAUUAUUGACUUUUUGGAAGAGAAGCUUGGAGUGAAUUUAAAUAAACACCUUGGUCCACAUGAAAGAGCUGUUUCCAGAGCUGUGACAAAAAUGGUGGAGGAGCACUUAUACUGGACUUUAGCUUAUUGCCAAUGGGUGGAAAAUCUUCAUGAGACGCAAAAGAUGGUUUCUCUUUUUGGCCCCUUCAGCGACUUGCUGAAGUGGAUCUUCUGCCAUCUGACCAAAGGAAUCGUGAAGCGGGAAAUGUACGGCCAUGGCAUUGGCCGCUUCUCAGAGGAGGAGAUGUACACACUGAUGGAGAAGGACAUGCGGACUCUGGCAGGCCUCCUGGGUGACAAGAAGUACAUUAUGGGAUCAACUGUUUCCACCGUUGAUGCCACCGUCUUUGGACAUCUGGCACAGGCAAUGUGGACGCUACCAGGGACUCGACCAGAGAGACUAAUCAAAGGUGAACUGAUUAACCUUGCUAUGUAUUGUGAAAGAAUAAGGAGGAAAUUUUGGCCAGAAUGGCACCACGAUGAUGAUAACACUCUGUAUGAAUCCGAGGAAAGCAGCGAAGCAAGCAAGACUUACUCCCCUUUGCAGGACUUCAGUUUUUAUUCAAGGACAGAAACAUUUGAUGAGGAAGGGAAUAGUAUUUCCCAAACGCCUGAUACCGAUUACACUGGACACUCCCUCUUUGAUUCAGAUGUGGACAUGGAUGAGUACAGAGAUCAGGAACAAUGCAAGUGAUGUGUACAAGUGUCUCCCAUUGUGCAGAUAAGCUGUUUCUUGGGGUCAGUCUGAUUUGUUUUCUCCUUCAGGUCAGGAAUAGGUUUAUACCACUUUGGAAGAGACCAUUGUGCUUGACUCAGCUGUCAUGUGCUACUUGGACUAUUUCAACUGUAUUUCAUUUUGUCUUACUGUGCAGGUGGAACCAAGGUAAACACUUAUUUAAAACACACAUGGGCAAACUAGAGCUCUAGAGGACAACAGGACCUUUCCAUCUACAUUUUUGUUCGUGCUCAAAAACAGAUCCCCCAUCCAAGUGGGACAGACUUCUGGGAAGUGGAGCAUUUGUCACUGCUGGUUUGUGUUAAUAUCUUAUCUUUACAGGAGUGGGUUGAGGACAUAAAUGGAAGAGGUAUGACUGGCACAGCUUUCUUCCAUGGAAGAAAAUGAUUGAUGCUUUAAUGAAAAGGCCCUGGAGGUGCUGGUUGACUGCACCUCAGUAUGAGCCAGUGGUGUGCCCUGGUGGAUCAGAUGUAACAGCAUCCUGGCUUGUAUCAGCAAUGGUGUGACCAACAGGACCAGGGCAGUGAUUGUUCCCCUGUACUCAGCACUGGUGAGGGUGCACCUCGAAUCUUGUGUUUAGUUCUGGGCCUCUCACCACAAGAAGGACACUGAGGUACUGGAGCGUGUCCAGAGAAAGGCAAUGAAGCUGGUGAAGGAGCUGGAACACAAGUCUUGUGAGGAAUGGCUGAGGGAGCUGGGGUGUUUAGCCUGGAGAAAAGGAGGCUCAGGAAGAGACCUUAUUUCUCCCUAGAACUACCUGAAAGUAGGCUGUGGUGAAGCAGAGGUUGGUCUCUUCUCUCAAGUAACAAGCAAUGGGAUGAGAGGAAAUGGUCUCAAGUUGCACCACAGAAGUUUAGGUUGGAUAUUGAGAAAAACUUCAUCACUGAAAGGGCUGUCAGGCAUUGGAACAGACUACUGAGGAAAGUGAUUGAGUCACCAUCACUGGAGGUAUUUAAAAGCCACUUAGAUGUGGCACUUGAGGGCAUUGUUUGGUGGUGGACUUGGGACUGCUGGGUUAACAGUUGGACUCGAUGAUCUCAAAGGUCUUUUCCAACCUAAAAAAUUCUAUGAUUUGGCAAAGUUUCAAGGGAAUUUUAUUUGUUAGCUGCUCAUACUUUGGGUGCAUAUAUUACAGUGUCUGCAGGUAAGAACUGCUCCCAGUUCUUUUUCAGACAGUCAAGGAAAGCUGGAGAAAAACACAGUCCUACAGAAAGGAGCUGAUCAAUGUUUCUUGUUCUUUGCAGAAGUUUGCAAUCAUUACUACAGAAUGUUUUUAUUCAGGAGGGAAAUGUCAGUGUUAAUGUAUAAUCUCCCAAACACUCAUCUGGAAAGUGUGUUGGCCAAAUUUCUUCUGUGUUUGUGAAUUAUUAUUAUGUUUUCACUCCCUGCCCCUGACUACUCUCUGCUAUUGCUAGGCAAGGCUAAAGAACUGGGAUUUGUUGCUAAAAGCCUGGUGUGUCUCAGCAGUGGGUGCUUUGUGCUCUUUACCAACAGACAUAGCAAACCCAUGAAGGCUGCAAAGCAAUUUGGAAUAUUAGUAGGCGUGGGAUACCAUAUAGUUGUAAGACUUUGGCCCAGGCAAUGAAAUGCUUUAGAGCUGUCUGGGAAGGUGCUUCAGUGGGUACUGAGCUCUGUGCUGACUUACAGGGCCCAAUCCCUAAAGUUGAUGCACGGGAGGCAGUUGAGAUAGGACAGUUCUGUCAGCACCACCAUCGGCGGGAAUAUUCAGGAACUGAAAACAUGGCUGGAAUUGGUUUUAAGUGACCUUCACUAGCACAUCUGUGAAUCUGGAACUUGGAGUGAUUGCACAGGUUCUGAUAUGCUUCAUGUUCUUGUCUCCCUAAAUGCAGGUUAGAAAUGAGAAAAAUCCAUUGGACUUACUCAUGACUUGAAGUUAAGCGUGUACAUCAAUGUUGCUUGGCCAUGACUAGUUGGUUUUAAGUAGAGAUAGAGCAUAUAGAACAUUAAGACAGCUCUCAUAUUUGUAAACAUGCAUAUAAAAUCAGAUAUCUGAGUGCAGACUUUGUUGGUGGCUUGUUUAAAAAUAUUUUAAUUACGACUUUCUCAGUGAUUUACAGUUAGAUGAAUCAGGAUCCCUCAGCAAAAUUUUUAUAAUGUGUUGGUUGUGUUAUAUGUUUUGGGAGCAGACAGGGUAGACAACUACUUUAGGAUGUUAAUUGUUAGUAGUCCUAAUAGUCUGGAGCUUGAAAUAACUUCAACUUUCAAUGAAUAGCUCACUGUCUUGGAUCCUGGAGUGCCUCCUGCAGAGGAAAGUGCUUGCUCUGGGGAAACACAGAGCUAGCCAUUGCUCUGAUGCUCUGAAAUCAGGGGUACACGUGUCUGCAGUGAGCUUCCAGGUCUGUUCAUGUAUGGGAGCCACUGCUGCAAGAGCUGACGAGUUUGGUGUGAAUUUGCACCUGUUUCUUCAGUUCCCCAGGCAUAUCCUUGGAGCUGUGUUCCGGUCAAUGUGGGCAAGUAUCAUUUGCAAAGUGAACCAAAACCAAGAAGGAAGAAGGUAUCAUCCAGUUACUUGGGACCUUUCUCAGGAAACUAAGCACGAGAAUAGGGCACAUGAAGAUAAGUCUUGUACUUGAAAGUAGUGAUGUCCUGAAAUGCCUGUGUAACUCCAUGGCCAAAUCAGGACAGAUUUUAUUUGCAAAAAUCAAGGUAUUGAUAUUCUGAAUAAAAGGCAUAUACAUCAAAAAGCUCCUCUUUGAAGACAUUAAUGUGGUGGAAAUUCUGAUGGAGGUGUUCUCAUGCAUGUUUGAAGGCUGUGCUUUCUUGGUUUUUUUCAGCAUUUUGAGGUGUGCAGCUGAUGAGUCCCAGUUAUUGAAAGACCAGCCUGAAUUCAGCAGACCAGCCUCGGUUCAGUAUCACCUUUAUAAUUUUGGUGGGCUGACAGAUCUGUCCGUGGCAGUGGCCCUUGAAACACAGAUUAACCAGAAGUCAGCAAUGUCAUUUUACCCUCCCAUGUGCAUGUGACCAAAUCUGGAUUUUGUGUGGCCGCAGGCAGAGACAGGUGCAGAGACAGGAGACGCCAAUGCGAUGCACAGCCGGUGUCAUGCCACGGCCUGGUUUGUCUGCCAGCACUCGGAGCUGCUGCAAGGGCAGGUAGAGCUGAUGCCGUGGCAGAGAUGGAGGUGUUUGACAGGGCUGUGAUUAUGUUCUCACCUGGCAUUCUUUGCUUUUGUUUCACAUGACUGGUGUGCCUCAGCAGAGGCUGAACCUCAUCCUGAUCCUGACCAGCCAGGUAAUGGGCAUGCCCUGAGAGGGGCUGAGGAAGGAUCAGAAGGGGUUGCAGAAGGGUAAGCGGCUUUCUGCUGUCAGCUGAGUUUUUCAGGAUUAAUCAGUAAGGUGAAUGUAUUUUGCAGCUCAUCACAUGCCUUCCCCUUUCUGAGGGACUGCUCAGCUUACUUUAGAGGAGAGGUUAGUUGGGAGAAGUUAGUUGGCCUUUUCCUCAUUACAGUUACUCAAUAAAGUUUGCCUUUUUGAUUUUGACCAUGUUCAAAUUAGAUGUGAAAUUAGGAAACGGCAUCUUUUUAAGAAUUUAUAGGUGUAUUUUGUCAAGGUUGGGUAGGAAAUCCUUGGGUUUAUUUGUCCCUUUAGAAACAAAUAUUGACUGUUAGACCUCUUUAAAAGGUUUUGAUCCACGCUUUUUCUUUUGAAAGCUGGUCUUGGUUAAGUAUUGUGGGAAAACAAACAAACAAGAAGUUUAAAAAGCCAAACUUUUUUAACAGCUAUGAAAAAGUGUUCAUUCGUUUUGGUUUGCAUGGGGAAAAAAAGAGAUGUGUUUUCUUAAAAAGGGAACAUUUUUUUUUGACUUUCCAAAUUUUGCUAAAAGAGCAACAUUUUUUUGGUCCUGCAGUGUCUUUUUAGUUUGUGGGGUUUUUUCCAUUCCAUCAUAUCUAUUUUUAAUGUUAGUGCUGAGGGGCUGUACAGAACUAAAAUUAGUUAGACACUAUCUUUAUUUCCUUUUUUUUUUUUUUCCUUCUUUUUCUUUUUUUUCUCUCUCACUGAUCAAAAUUGCAAGCAAGUUCAUUGUAGGGAUGCUGGAAGUCCUGGUUGUGCUGCUGAUGGGGGUGAGGGUCAUCAGGUGUCUCUGCAGCCAUCAAACCUGGGGCAGCUCUGGAUUGCCAGCCUCCUGGUGGGUGAGCUGGGAUGGCUGCUUUUGUCUGGAGCUGGAGGGUGAAGGAUGCCACGAUGUUAUGUCUGAGGUGAUAUGCACCUCAUAAGGUUUUUCCAUGAGUGGGGCUUCCACUGCCACAGCCAAACACUCACUGUGGGGUGAUGUUAGGAAACGUCCAGGGACCCUUGACAAAAGAGUCAGAUGCCCAUGAGGUCUCUGAGAGCAUCACAGCUGCCAGCACCAAACCUGGUCCCAGCCACAGCCCCAGGCCAGUUUGGGAUAGAUGGUGGUACAUGGCAGAAGGAAAGCUGUUGGGGGGCUCCUCUACACUCUCCAGCCCCUCUCAGAAUAGGGCAGGGGAGCCCUUGGAUGGUUGUUGGAGGGGGCAGAGUGGGCUGUGGGGAAAGUGUCAAGUGGUGGGUUGCUGCAGGAAGAUUUGGGCUGCACCUGCGGCCUGGAUAAUGCCACUGUUCCAGUGGCCAGGGGGGACCCCUGCUCUGUUUAUGAGCUGGAGCAUGACCCCAUAUCCUGAUGAGGAGACGGUGCCAUUGCUCCUGGUUACUUUGCCUUAAAUACCACCGACAGCUGGGUACUGCCUUUGUUUCCAUAGUGCUGCUUUAAGAGAAUGAGUAAUUGGUCUACUCCUCAUUUGGCAAAUGGGAGUUUAAAGCAAGCCCUAUGUUCCCACUGGAGUUAGAUUCGAAGCAGCCUGGUGGUUUUUUUUUUUUUUUUUUACAUGAAUUGCAGUGUUUGACUGUGUGACACUCUGUCGUGUCAGAAGGGAUUUGUUUACCCCUGUUGGACUCAUUGGCUCUGUCAGCAGAGCUCACUGUUACUGAGUGGGGGAAACAGGAGCUGGGAUAUAUAGGUCCUACAGAAAUUCUGCAAAUGUGGUGUUUGAUUUAAAAACCAAACUGAACCUGAUGUUUCAGAUCUGGAGGACUGUUUCCAUCCAAUUAUAGCACUGCAAGUAACACAUUUUGAUCUUUAAAACCUUGGCAAUGUCCCUCCAGAUCUAUAUUCUCUUUGAAAAAAUACUGCCUGAAAUAUUUCUGCAGCAACAGUUCAGGCACAAAUUUGCUUUUGUCAGUGAUGUCUGCUCAAGUAAUCAUGACAGUUUCAUACUAUUUUCCUUGAAAGGGCUGUAUCUGUCAGAUGCUAAGCCUUACAAAAUAUUGCCUGCUGGAAAAGUGUGUUAUGUGCAGAUUUAUGCAGGGCAACUCACCAAGUGAAAUUUCUGUGGCAGGGGAUGAAUUCAAGUGGGUCUUGUCCUUAGAUGUUUGAAUAAAAAUAUGAAUCUGUUUUCUGACAAGUUUGGCCUACCCCCCCCCCCCCCCCCCCCCAAAUACCGCAAAAGUGUGACUUGGACAUGUGAUAGGAAUAAAGCAAAUUAUGCUCUCUAAAUGCAGAAUUAUGUUGGAUGGCCCAGUAAGUGGCAUAUGGAAAUGGAUACACGUAGCAUAGAUGUGAGUCAUGCCCAUGCAUGUCAGCAGCUGUGGUCCAGAGGAGCACCCAGGUCAUGUUGUUUAAUCUCAUGGACCAAGAGCAUCAGAGGUACUGAAUGAGGAGGCUUUCAGCAGUUGACCAGUGCUACGGGUGUUUGUGUGUGCUGUGCUGUGCCUCGGGUGUUCAUUAGUGCCUGGUGAACAGUGCAGGAGCUCAUUUUGGUAGCUGUACCUCUGAUGAGGCAUCAGUGUGCUGUCAUCCCAUGCUCGUGCUGUGUCCUGGUGAUGAACGGCAAGGACAAGGGUCUGUUUGGGUUUGAUCCCUUUCCAGAGCAUUGCAGUGAGCACAGCUUUGAGCCUACUGGUGAACGCAGGCCAUCGUAUUCAGCUGGUGGAGUGUAUUCACCACUGUGGAGUGGUGUUCCUCUGCACCGCACGGGUUGCUGGUGGGAGGGUAGAUCUAAUUUUCAGACCAGUGACCCCAGUCUUUACAGCUCUGCCUUGGUGGAGAAAAGUGUUGCAACAUAAAUCAGCUCCAUACCGGUGGUUUUGGGCAAUCCUCUUUGACGGCCAUCAGGGAGGGCUUCUUUUGCAUUCCUUCCCUAUGGAAGUACCCUAAUGUGAAAUAUUUCUCAGCAGAGGUUUCUACAGCUCCAUGAGAAAUUGGGAAGAUGAAAUGGUAUGUCUUUGUACAGCACAGGAAUCCCAGUCAGUGAAAACACUGUGUGUCACUACAGUGAUAAACUCUUAGUACCACAUCUUGGUUGCACCCAGGUUUACUCCCAGGUUUUUCAAGACCAGAGGAGAUCAUUACGGGCAUUUGGUCAGACUUGAGCAUAAAAAGGAUUGUGGUAUUUCAUGUAAUGUUUUUUACAUUCAGCUCAACAAGCUAAAGCUGAAACAUGUGCUUCCAAAAGGCAUUCAGCUUUUGCAGAACAAAUAAAAUCCUGCCCCAGUUUGAAGCAAUUGACAAAAGUAUCAUUUGCUUCAGCAGUGCCAGAGUUUCCAACUAAGCUUCCAAGUGACCCAGAAUUUACCACUUCUCUUAUUCCAGUCUAAUUAUACUCAAGUAAAAAUUUGCUUUACUGGGGACAGUAAGGCAAACAAGAUGUGAUUGUUGUUCUCUUAUAAGCUCCCUAAACAAUAAGUGCUUUUUUAAGCUGCACUGGCUGUGUUGAUGUUUUCACUGGGCACUAUCACUGUAUGUGUUCUUCUCUCAUUCCUUAGCUUUUACCUUUCCUCAGAUGUACAGGUUUUUAUUUUUCAGGAUACUUGAAGAAGGCAAGUCCCAAAGAAAGGGGUGUGCAAUCCAGCAAGAAUAAAGUAUAUGUAGAUGGGUAUAGGGUGAGGGAUAUAUCCAGCUAGCUGCAGUGUACAAGGUUUAACUAACAAAAUGAAGCAACACAUUUUUAAAUGUGGACUCUAAUGCUGUAGCUGCAUUAUGUUGUUUAUCUAUAAACUUACAUGAGACAUAUGUUAUUUUAGCACUAUUAUAUUACUACUUUAUAAAGCCAUAUUUAAAAUUGUACACUUAAUUGUAACAUAACUUUAAAUUGUGCACUGUGUUGAUCCAUGUACAUAUAUAUGAAAAUCUGUAUAUUUUGUCUUUAUGCUGUAUGUCAUUGGUGUGUAAAUUAUAACUAAUGGAUCUAAAAUA